UGAUAAAUUCGUGUUCGUUGAUAUGAGAUAUGCUUUAACGAAAUAAAAGAGAAAAAGAAAAAAAAAUAAAAAUAAAAAUCCCAGAGAGUCCCACUGCUUCGAAAGAAAUCUGUGUCUAACAGGAGGGGAAAGCUCAUGUGGAUAAGAAUACCAACCACCGCCCUGUAUUUUCUCCGAACUGCACAGCUAGUUAUUUAUUAAUUUUGGUAUAUAUAUAUAUAUAUAUUUUUUUUUUUAAUUCUGUUUUAGAAAACAAACAAGAAGACCAGUUUGGUUUUUAUUCUGUUGCCACUUGUUUUCUCGGUUUUCAAAAAACUUUUCGGUUUUAGAAUCAGAGCUCUCUUCCUCUUCCUCGUUGAGGAAGAAAAGCGUGAAAAACAUGGUGAUAUGCUGCUAUGCCACUGCAACUGUCUCUGUCAUAGUCUCCGUCACAAAAGUCGCCGUUUUUGCCUGAAGAUGGAGGCUCGCAGACUCGCCAUUCUCUGUUCUCAUCUCCGUCCACUUGAUUCUCGUCCGGUUUCAGUCCGGCCCUUACCGGUUUCGACUUCGGAUUGUGCUUCUACUUCUAAUCAUCAGCACCACAGCAAUCGGCAAAAUGACUGCGUUUUCUGCAAGAUUAUAGGCGGCGAGUUACCCGCUUUCAAGCUUUAUGAAGAUGAUAUGUGCCUAUGCAUACUGGAUAAAAAUCCUUUGAGUCGUGGGCAUUCUCUUAUCAUCCCAAAAUCUCAUUUUUCUUCAUUGCAAGAGACACCUCCUUCUGUGGUAGCUGCAAUGUGUUCAAAAGUUCCUUUUAUCAGCAGUGCAAUCAUGAAAGCUACUGGUUCUGAUUCAUUCAACUUGUUAGUUAACAAUGGCGAAGCUGCUGGCCAAGUUAUAUUCCACACUCAUAUCCAUAUAAUUCCUCGGAAGGCAAGUGACUGCCUAUGGGCGUCUGAGGUAUGCAUCAUUCUCUUCCGUUUUCCAGUGUGUGAGAUUGGAUGUUUUCUUGGGAUAUAUGUAAAUUUUAAAGUUCAACAGAGCUUGCGGAGGCAUUCUCUAAAACAAGACCAGGAAGCAUCUCGACUCGUAGACUGUGUUAGAGAGCAGUUGUUAUCAGACAACUCUGAAGAUAUUAAGGGUGAAGGUUCUAGUCUCAUCAGAAAUCAAUGAGAUCUUUCACCCAUUCUUUAUCUAUGACAAAGAAAUUGUGUACUAUAUGAAUAUAGGUUGUUCUGCAAAUACUAAAACUGAUUAGCAGAAGUUCUUUUCUUGUUUUUUCGGGUAUUAUCAGGAGAUAUAUAGGACAUGGUACCGUUGGAUAAACAUCUUGUGUAUCUUGUUUUACUUGGUGUCAAAGUGGUGAACAUUUGAAGUCGGUAGUCAAAGAUGGAGGUGUUUUUCUGUUUUUUUUUUUUUUUUGGGCUGGGGUCAAACGUUGGAGUUAGUUUAGUUACAUUGUAAAACAGAUACAGCCUUGAUUGAAAUACAAAUUGUUUCUUCUCUUUUUCUUU